UAAACCCCACAUCUCUCAACACUGUCCUCCCAUAACAAUCUUUAACUGAAAUACUAAUAGUAUAAUAUGGACACAGAGGACGGCGGGAAUCCGCCUCCUCCGGCGCCGGCGCCAAUUCCGAACGCGAAUGCUCCGCCGCCGUUUCUUGCCAAGACCUACGACAUGGUCGACGAUCAGUCCAGCGACGAAAUCGUCUCGUGGAGCCCAACGAAUAACAGCUUCGUCGUGUGGAACCCGCCCGAGUUCGCUAGGGACCUCUUGCCCAAGCACUUCAAGCACAACAAUUUCUCCAGCUUCGUCCGCCAGUUGAACACUUACGGUUUCAGGAAGGUUGAUCCAGACCGUUGGGAGUUUGCAAAUGAGGGAUUCCUGAGAGGUCAAAAGCACCUUCUCAGAACUAUCAGUAGGCGGAAACCUACCCACGGACCUAACAACCGACCGCCUGAGCAACCACUCGUGCAAAAUUCAUCUGUUGGAGCCUGUAUUGAGGUGGGGAAAUUCGGGCUAGAGGAAGAGGUUGAGAGGCUAAAGAGGGACAAAAAUGUCCUUAUGCAAGAGAUCGUGAGAUUGAGGCAGCAGCAACAGGCCACUGAUGGGCAUAUGCAAGCAAUGGUGGAGAGGCUACAAGGGAUGGAGCAGCGGCAACAACAGAUGAUGUCUUUCCUUGCAAAGGCAGUAAAUAGUCCUGGCUUUUUGGCGCAGUUUGUGCAGCAGCAGCAGCAGCAGCAAAAUGAGAGCAACAGGCGGAUAAUUUCCGAAGGAAGCAAAAAACGGAGGAUUCAGCAGGAAGGGCCUGCCGACGGACAGAUUGUGAAGUAUCGGCCUUUGAUGAAUGAGGCAGCAAAUGCAAUGCUUAGUCAGCUCAUUAAAACAGACACUUAUAAAACUCAGCUGGAAAAUUUGAACAAUGAUUCCAAUACUUUCUUGAUUAAUGAUGCUUCCUCACCUGAUGUGUUAGACAAUGGUACUUCUUCAGGCAGUACCUCAGGAGUGAUUCUUCAGGAAGUCCCACUUACUUCUGGGCAAUCUUAUUUUCCAGAAACUUCCAGAAUUUCUAGUCAAUGUGAAAUGGUUGCAACCACUCCAUUUUCAACUAUGAGCCCACCAGUUAGAGCACAAGAAUUGCCAUCUUUUGCUCUUCCGCAGACAAAUUUAGGUGUUUCUCAGCUCUCUCCACUCCAAGAAAUGGUUUCAGAAAGCAACGGUGACAUGAGUGGGAAAGUCAACAUUGGUCCCUCUAUUGAUUCAAGUUCAUUGCAGGAGAAUUGCGAAAUGUCCUCAGAGAUCAGAGAUUUCUCUACUUACCAUGAAUUGGAAUUGAACAGUUCCUUUCUGGAUGACAAUUUAAUUCCCUUUUUGGUCGACGACCUGUUCCUUUUUCAAAACCCACAACCUGUGGAAACUGAUGUGGUGGAUUCGACUUCAGCGGAAGAAGGAAACAUAGCCAAAUCAAUGGAGAAUGGUUGGAACAAUACUCCACAUGUGGACCAACUUACGGAACAGAUGGUCUCUCUUGGUUCUGAUCCUGAAAAAGUCUGACCUUGUGGCACUCAAUGUACAGUUCUGUCUCAGCAUCACCCGCGGUAAAUCCUAGAAAGUAGCAAGUAAUUACCAUGCAUUUACUGAAAAGCAGCUAAUACCUUUUUAUAACCUUUGUCCCGACUUUUUAUUUGCACAUAUGGUCGGACCUCGUUCUAGGUUUUAGUCCUCUCUCUCUUCUCUGAGUUCCGUACUUUCUUGACAUCCUAUCUUCGGGGUAGCCUGUGAUUACGAUAGCAUUAAUGAUACUGAUGUUCUUGAGAAGCAGAGAGGUUACUUGUAAAGACAAUGAAUUAGACUGGUUCCAACUUCAGGGUUACACAAGAGAUGAUGAAUGAGAACAUGUUUCUAUAAGCUUAA